AUGCUCAAAGGCUUCAAAAAAACUGGUAAAGAUGGUAGUAAUAAGAGCAGAAUCACUUCUGCAGACAUAUCUUCACCCACAGCAGAUCACACCAAUGUAGUGAAACACAUGAAAACCAUACCGAUUCGUUCCGGGUCAUCUGCAUCGUCGCAUUCCGUCGAUCGUGCGGGAGCGAAAGUGCCAGCCGAUGCAGAAAAGGUCAUCAAGGCUCUUUACAACUAUCAAGCCCAAUCUCCGCGUGAACUGUCAUUUGUGAAGGGCGAAUUCUUUUUGGUGCAGGCUGAGGACAAGGAAUGGUACGACGCAGCUAGCCCCAACGAUCAGCGCAGAGGAAUGGUUCCCAAAAGUUAUUUUGAGACUUUUUCCAGAGGACGUUCUGGAUCUCAUAGUAAUGUCACUGGCCAGGGCUCAACCCCAAUGAAAGGCGAACAACAAAGUCGCGAAUUUGGUAGGCAUAUGAGUCAAAGAGCCGGCUCGUUAUAUGCCAUAGUUCUCUACGACUUCCGUGCUGAAAAAUCCGACGAACUGACGACCUAUGCAGGUGAAAACUUGUUUAUAUGCGCCCAUCACAACUUUGAAUGGUUUAUUGCCAAGCCGAUCGGUCGUCUUGGCGGCCCUGGUCUUGUUCCAGUUGGGUAUGUCAGCAUUAUCGACAUCGACACAGGUUACGCCACAGGAAAUAGUAUCGACGACGAUAUACAGUCUGCCAAUUUGCCCACCGUUCAAGAAUGGAAGACAAACGUUGCAAAGUAUAAAGCCAGCAACAUUUCUUUAAGCUCGCCCGAAGUGAAACGACAGCAGCGUAUGAGCUCAUAUUCAUCAACCACAAACAACGCCAUACCGUCGCAUGAUUCUUAUUUCAGCUCGACUAUCGCUCACGCCUCGGUGGAUUCCUUCUCGCUGGAAGGCGAUAAGUUUUGGUUCAAUGUCGUUUGCGAAAUGUCUGAUGGAAGAGCACGAACUUUAAAAAGAUAUUACGAGGACUUUUAUGAUUUACAGGUGAAGCUUCUGGACGCCUUUCCUGCUGAAGCAGGUAAACUGAGAGACGUACGAGGGCAGUGGACGAAGCGCAUAAUGCCUUACAUACCAGGCCCAGUUCCAUACGUCACGGACUCCAUCACAAAGAAGAGGAAAGACGAUCUCAACAAAUAUGUGCGCGAGCUGAUAGGACUUCCAGUUCACAUAUCACAAUGUGAUACAGUCCGAUCGCUCUUCAAUAUAAGGAAUAACGGAUUUGAUCAAGAGUUCACGCAGGAGCCUACAAUGACUAAUUUCUCACAGGCGGAAAGAUCGGGAAACAUCAUUGCCGACAAUAAGAGUCCAGCGGACGAUUCGACUUUAACGGGCGAUGAGCUGAAAGUCUACGAAAUGAUGAACGGACUGUCUCUGAAAAACUCCAAGCCACACUCACGACCUCCGAGCGUAUCACCACCACAGAUGAAGCCUACGAAAAUAAAGUUUUAUUACAAGGAUGAUAUUUUCGCGCUGUUGCUCGAUUCCAACAUCACGUACAAUGAGUUGCGCACCAAAAUCGCGCCUCGAAUCGAGAGUCCUUCUUUUAAACUAUUUGUGAAACACGACAACUCCGUGGGUGACGAAGUCGCGGGAGAUUAUCAGGUCUCCGAAGUGAUACGAGGGAAGCUGAAAAUUCUAGUUGAAGAUGUGUGA